AUGUAUACUGCAAAACCCUACCGGAGCUCCGUUUCUAUUUUCUCGAUUCUUCUCUUCUUCAAAUUUUCAUUAUUUACCUCAUCUGCCCUUGCACAUGAACUCUCUCUAGUUGUUGGUGAGAGUAGUAAAGUGCAAAUUUCUCCUAGCGUGGAAGUUUUGAACUCUCCGGGUACUAAGCUGGGGACUUGGGUGCUUUGCGCAAGAGUUGAUAUCCAUGGGUUGCCGAGGCUUAAAAACUUGAACAAGUUCUCUCAUUCUUUGAAGCUCAAACUUUCACGUUCUAAUUCCACUUUUCGCAGACCAAAUGUUGAGGUUUGUUUUUACAGGAAUGCGUCUUGUGCAAUAGGGAUGUGUCCACAGGGUAAGUGGGAGAAGGUUGAUAAGGGUGGUUCAUGGGUUCGAGCCAUGUCACCUUUUGACCACAAGUUGUUAGAUGUAAGGAUGUUUGGUUCAUCCUCCGAAAGCUUUGAACUGUCAAUUGAAGAAGAGUUCUUCUUAUAUCGUGUGAUAUUCUUAAUCUUGGGGGUUGUUAUGCUGAGCGUUGCAUCCUCUUUGAGCAAGUCUUUGGUAUUUUAUUACAGCAGUGCCAUGACAAUUGGAAUCAUGCUUGUAAUACUCGUGGUCCUUUUUCAGGGAAUGAAGCUUCUGCCAACAGGUCGAAAGAGCUCGCUGGCAAUUUUCAUAUACUCAUCCCUUGUUGGUUUGGGAACUUUUCUCCUUCGCUACUUGCCAGGAUUGUUGUAUUCAAUACUCAUGGAGAUGGGAAUAAGCGAAGACAUGUAUUAUCCUGUAUCAUGGAUGGGUUUCUGGGCUGUCCGCAAUUUUAUCUUGACAGAAGAUGGAUCAGUUGAUAUAAGUACAUCUCAUUUUGUUGCCUGGUCCAUCCGUAUUUUUGCUGUUGUUUUAAUUCUUCAGAGUUCUUUGGAUCCCUUGCUGGCAGCGGAAGCUUUAAUAUCUGGAAUAAUUGUCUCGUCAAUUCUUAGGAGAAUUUUUAGAUGGAGAUUCCUGCGUCGAGUGUACAAGAAGUUGUUUAAAUUAGUCAGAAACAUAACUAGAGAAUCACUUUUUCCUGAUUUAUCACCAUUUGGAGGUUCUAUUGAUAAAUACACGGUUGAGACGCCUGAAGGCUCAAAGUUCCUUUCUCCUCGGCCCAAACGAUUCAACCUGGCUUCGUGCAAUUCUAUGCAAGGUUUAAGCAGGACAUCACCUCAUCAAUUGUCAGAUUCAGAUGUCUACCCAUCUACCUUCCAUACCACUCCUGAAAGGAGAAAAUUCUCAAAAGAUUCAUGGGAAAAAUUUACCAAAGAGUCCACGCAAAAAGCUGUUAAAGAACUCGUUUCUUCCCCUGAUUUCAGCAAAUGGGCAGCUGCUAAUGCAGAAAGAAUCACCGUGAGCCCAAAUUCCCCCAGUUCUUCAAGGCGGCAGCGUCGCAAGUGGCUCGGGUUUUGA